AUGGAGUCGUUGAAGGUUGCUGUCGUGUGGUUGCUAUUUGGUUUGCUGUUUAUUUCUGGAAGCGAUGCCCUGCUUUGCUUCAUGUGUGGAACGCAGGAGUACCCAGAAUGUCAACCCAAUCCCGGACCCGUGAUCGGGUGUCCGGCCGGAACCAGAUGCUGGACUCUUUACGAUGACAUACUCAAAGAGCGGGUGAAAGCGAGAGGUUGCAGUUACGCGUCUGAGAAAACCAACGGAUGCGCUCGAGGACCCGGAGAAUCCUGGCGAUGUUUCUGCGCUGAAAAACACUUGUGCAACAAGUGAUACGUGUUUUUUUUUUUUUGCCAGAUUAAUUCUUUUUUCUUUACACAGUUUUAUCUCUGAGGAAUAUUCGAUAAAUCACUUUUGCGUUAGA